GUAGCACUACUUUUGCACCGCAGCGCAUUUGCCGUUGGCAACACAUCUUGCGUCGCAGGGAAGCACACACGCAGGGCGCCGCCAUGGCGUCUAUGUUGGCACUCUAAAUUUCACGAUCCCGGCACUAGUCCCCAUAUUUCUCAGGAUGUAUUCAUAGUGAGGUGCUCAUAGUAUCCUCACCGAGCACCGGUGGUGACGACCUGACGCACUUUGAACGCGCUUGCAUCGUAGGGGUCUGUGCCCAUCUCGUCGUGACUGCAUCGCCAAGGGGUCCCCAAGCAUCGCAAUGGCGCGGUUGAACUCAUUUGGGCCAGGAGACAUCAACGUCCCUCCAGCGGCGCUCGAAGCCAAAAGGCGUGGGUCGUCCUCCGACAUCAGAGUCUGAAGGAUACAUUCUCCUUCCAAGCCCAAGCAGUUGAACAGAAUCACCUUCCGACGCAUGGCAGGUGAAAGAUGGUGGUGGGCCCACUGGUGUCCGAGGUGUGCUUCACCUUUGUGCUGGCGGCUGUGCUGUUACACCGGUAUGGCAACUUCAGCCAGCAUCCACUGCUGGUCACAGUCAGCGUGUUUGUGGCCUGGUACUUUUCCUUCACCAUCAUCUUCAUCCUGCCUUUGGAUGUGUCCACGGCGGCCUACCGGCAGUGCCUGCACGAUGCUCUUGACUCCAGCCAAGUGACCGAUAACCUAACAAUGAGGAACAGCACCCCCCUCCAUGCAGCCUGUGUGCGGCCCUGGAGCUUUGUCCCAGAAGGGGUCCUGCAGAGCCUCUGGCGUGUUGUCUACUGGACGUCCCAGGCCUUGACCUGGUUGAUCCUGCCACUGAUGCAGUCAUACUCUACGGCGGGUGAGUUCACCGUGGCUGGCAAACUGCGGCGUGCCCUGAUUGAGAAUGCCAUCUACUAUGGUAGCUACCUGCUCAUCUUUGGUGUGCUGCUUGUCUACCUUGCUCUGCAGCCGGGCAUGAACCUGGAUGCGGCCAAGCUGAAGGUGGUGUGUGUGAGCGCCAGCAACACGUGGGGCCUGUUCCUGCUGGUGCUGCUGCUGGGCCAUGGCCUGGUGGAGGUGCCGCGGGGCCUCUGGCAACGGGCCCAGCCUGGGCACACCCUGUGCCACACCUACUUCCGGGCGGCCAAGCUCAGCCUCGAACGGGCCGAGGCACAGGAGCGCCUCGACGACCUCCUGCAGGUGAUCCGAGCCCUGCAGCACGAGAACCGCACCAGUUGCCAGUGGCGACUACUGGUGGAGCAAGCCCUGCACCUGGAGGAUGUGGCACGCACCGCAGAGGCUGGCCGCGGGGAGCGCCGCUUGCGCUCGCCAACUCUGCUGGGUUCCUGGUGUGGACCCACUGUCGAGUGGUACUGGCUGUGCCGGGUGCGCAGUGUGUGCCUGCGGGUGCUGUCCCUCCUGCUGGGCGUGUGGAGUGCAGCGGUUGUGUGGAGCGAGAUGACCUUUUUCAUCCGCUCGCCCAUGGUGUCCCUGUUCGGGCUGUUCCACCGUGCGGCCGAGCGGCAGCAUGACUACCUCGCCAUUGAGUUGAUGAGCGUCGUGACCCUGGGCUACCUGUGCGUGUGCGCCUACUACACCGUGUUCCGGGUGCGGGUGCUCAACUAUUACUACCUGGCGCCGCAUCAUCUGACGGAUGCCUACAGCCUGGUCUUUGCGGGCAUGCUGCUGUGCCGGCUCACGCCACCGCUCUGCCUGAACUUUCUUGGCCUGCUGCACCUGGACACGCACGUGUCCUCCGAGGCACACCGGGUCGAGACCGCCUACACCGAGAUCAUGGGCCACCUGGACCUGAUUCCGAUUGUGGCACGAGGCUUCAACCUGUACUUCCCGACCCUUAUCUGUGUGCUAUGCCUGGCCACCUGGUGGCACCUGGGAAGCCGACUGCUGCACUGCCUUGGCUUUGAACAGUUCAUCACCGACGACGAGCUCACAGGGGACCUCGUCAACGAAGGCAGGGACCUCAUCAAGCGUGAGCGCGGGCGACGUCAGAGGGCGGCAGACCAGCGACGGAGGCCUGCGGUUCCAAAGCAGCCACCGGCGGAUCACUCGCCCACUGGAGGGCUGACCCGGUCCGGCUCGGAGGAGAGUGCGCGCACAGAGUUGCUCCGCGGAGUGGAGCCCCUGGCCGGUUACACAGCACCACGGGCAACCGAAGAUGCUUGGCGCCGGCCCUUCUCAUCGCCGCCCAGGGGCCUCUUCGAUGACGUUUGAGGGCAGCAGAUGGAUGGCAUACGUCUUAGCAGCAUGACGUGGUGUGCAGCACAAAGGUCGUUCACAACACGGCUUUCAACGCACACAAGAAGUCAUGGCUGGACACCUCUGUCUGACUGAAUGCAGAGUCGGAAAAACACAGCACAUACCUUGGCCAGUACUCGUUAAGAUCUUCUGCUCCUUUCGGGCCAAUUUAUAAAUGGUUGCACCUCUUUCAUGCGUGAGCCUUGCGUCAGGCGUAGUUGUACCAUGGGUGUUUCUCAUGUUUUGCAUCUGUGCGGGGGUUUCCCCACUGGUUGAUUUCUGUGCAGCAGUAGUGGGCACAAUUUCUGGAAUGCUAGGUCACUAAAAACAAAAUGUUGCUACAUCAUCACAGUAAAUGUAAAACCACUAUCAAUAAUAAUAUACUGGUUGCCUACUAGUCGACUACAUUUCUAGUGCGGCAGUUUAAACUGCGUUCUGUGAGUAGCGCCACCGCUUUCAGCUACAGUCGAACCCACUUAUAGCAAUAUUCAAGUGCCACAAAAAUUCUAUUGUUAUAACCAAUAAUUGCU